UCGCAGAUUGGCUGAGCUUCACCUGAUGAGUCUGCAUGUAAGCACAUGCCGAAGUGCCGAUAUGAGGCAUCCAACGGCAUUUCUUAGAUCAUGAUUCAUGGUGAUAACGUUCUAUAUUUGAGCGAUCACAUUGACCUUCUGCACAAUCAAUCUCGUGAUAUCCGCUUUGUCAAUCCGACCAUGUCUCUCGCACCACCAUUCACUAAAGAAAGCGCCCACGCCAAGGUCAAGAAGGCUCAAGACCUCUGGAACGGCCAAAACCCCAAGGUAAUCGCGCAAGCCUACACGCCUGACAGUGUUUGGCGCAACCGAUCGUCCUUCCUCACUGGUACGGCAGACAUCGAAGACUUCUUGACGAAGAAGUGGCAAAAGGAAAAGAGCUACCGGCUGCGCAAAGAGCUAUUCGCCUUUUCAGAUAACAAGAUCGCCGUUCAGUUCUGGUAUGAGUUCCAGGACGCCCAUGAUGGCAUGAAGUGGAAGCGAUGCUAUGGCCUUGAAGACUGGACGUUCGCAGACGAUGGGAAGAUGCGUAAGCGGCAGAUGAGCGGCAAUGACAUCGAGAUCGACGAAGCCCAGCGAUGGUUCAAGGACGGCGUCGACGUGAACGCAGUCGAAAUUAGCGAGUCUCAUUGGUGAUGGGUGUUCUUGGUGUAUUCAAAUAAAACAGGUGGGUAUCGUGACGCUUGCGAGAAAAGAGACAUGUAUGCGAUGAGUUCGUUAUAUGGCUUAUGCUGGAGGAGUAUCGUGUAUAGCGACGAGAAUGAAUUUGGGAUCUUGAGUCGUUAGCAGAAUCCCCGCCAUCGAGUGCGUGAGGGACAUACCUGGUACAAUGACC